ACAAAAAAAUGUCAUCUGUUUUGACAUAUUUUAUUUUUUAAAUAUAGAAUGUCAGUUGUAAGUUAACAAUUUCAAUUUAAAUAUUUUUAUUGUACAUUUUAUAUUUUGGGGCUCUUAACUUUUUUGUUUUAGAUUAUUUCAUUAUUGGAUCACGUUACCAUGGUAAAUUGAUUGCUUUGUAUCAACAGAGAAGUGGAAGAAAUGCCAUUGUGAUAUAUCAAUGUAUGGAUGUUCUAGAACUCAACAAGAAUGGAAAGCAAAGUUCUCUCUCUAUCACAUCAAACAUUUCACAAACUAAAAAGUCUGCUGAAGACAGGCAAGAGUCUAGAACCUUAACCAAAUUUCAAAAGGAGAAGACUACCGGUGCCAUGGCCUGCAACAUUUUCAAUGAACUACGCCUGGAAGAGAAACUCUGCGAUGUGGUCAUCAAAGUCGAGGGAGUUGAGUUCAGUGCCCACAAGACUAUCCUGUGUGGAUGCAGCUCGUAUUUCCGUGCUCUGUUCACCAGUGGCUGGAACUCCUGCGAGAAACGUAUGUACACUAUCCCAGGUGUAUCUCCUGAGAUUAUGAGGAUGCUCAUCGAGUACGCCUACACCCGGACUGUCCCGGUCACGGCGGACAACGUGGAGUUGCUGCUAGAGGCAGCAGACCAGUUCUCCAUCCUGGGCAUCGUGCAGGCCUGCUGCCACUUCCUGGAGACCCAGCUGUGUCUGGAAAACUGCAUCGGCAUCUGCAAGUUUGCCGACUUCUACUCCUGCCCGGAGCUGCAGCGCCGAGCACUGUUCUUCAUCCUGCACCACUUUGAGGAAAUCGUCUGCUGCUCCCAGGAGUUCCUGGAGCUGUCUCUGGCCCAACUCCUCGACCUCAUCAAGAAGGACAACCUGAACGUGAGGCAGGAGAACACUGUGUUUGAGGCCAUCCUGCGCUGGAUCGCCCACACUCCUGCCAGCCGCAGGCACUGGAUCUCUGUGCUACUGCCAAAGGUGCGAAUGGCUUUGAUGAAUGCUGACUACUUUAUAAACCAUGUGAGGAACAACUCCCUGGUGAAGGGCAGCGAUGAAUGCAAACCCAUCAUCCUCAACGCCUUAAAGGCCAUAUACGAACUCAACAUGCACGGCCCCUCCAUUUCCAGUAAUCCGCUGAGGCGACCUCGCCUGCCCUACGCCAUCCUACUAGCUAUCGGCGGCUGGAGUGGAGGCAACCCGACCAAUGUCAUCGAAGCAUACGACACGAGGGCCGACCGUUGGGCGACCAUAGCGCAGGAAGAGAGCCCACGGGCUUACCACGGUGCUGCGUACCUCAACGGCUUCGUCUACUGCUUAGGCGGCUUUGACAGCGUGGAAUACUUCAACAGCGUCCGCAAGUUCAACCCCAUCACGUGCACCUGGCACCAAGUUGCACCGAUGCACUCGCGGCGCUGCUACGUCAGCGUGACAGUGUUGGACGGCUGCAUUUAUGCCAUAGGCGGUUUCGAUGGCUACGGGCGUCUUACAAGUGUGGAGCGGUACGAGCCUGAGACAAACCAGUGGACCCUGGUAGCACCGAUGCACGAGAAGAGGAGCGAUGCCAGUGCCACCACACUGCAUGGCAAGGUGUACGUCUGUGGAGGCUUCAAUGGGACCGAGUGCUUGUUCAAUGCAGAGAGCUACUGUCCCAAGACUAACCAAUGGACCCCGAUUGCCCCUAUGAGUCGCCGCCGCAGUGGGGUCGGCGUCAUUGCAUACAAGGAUCACCUCUAUGCAGUCGGAGGCUUUGACGGCGCCAACCGUCUGAAGACCGCAGCGGUCUACAACCCACUGGACAACACCUGGCGCGCCUUGCCCACCAUGUUCAACCCGCGCAGCAACUUUGGCAUCGCCGUGGUGGAUGACCUGCUCUUCGUGGUGGGCGGCUUCAAUGGUUUCAACACCACCUACAACGUGGAGUGCUACGACGGGAAGACAGACGAGUGGUAUGACGCCCACGACAUGCCCACUUUCCGCAGUGCCCUCGGUUGUUGCGUCGUGCCCGGCCUGCCUAACGUGGCACAGUAUGCUGCCCCCCGCGACUCCCCAAUGUUGCUCGCUGACGAAUGGAACACACCUUCCUCCAAGACCAGGCUGGCCUCAAACCUAUAGACAAGUACAUCCUUCCCAUUCCCCACUCUAAGACUCGAAAAAAAGAGAGGAUAUUUUGCUUAGGAAAUAAAUAUAUUUAGAUAACUGUUUGGAGUAAAACAUUUUAGCUGAUUGUUUGCAUUAUACAUCUGACAUACCAAAAUAAAACAUAUUCAGAAUCUUCACAGACAACAGAUAUAGGCCGCCUAAAUAUAUGAAUUUUUUUUUUUUUUAAAUUGCAAAUGGCGGUAUUCUCAGAGCUCGUUCUGCAUUUUAAAGCAAAUACACACAAAGCAAAAUAUGUCCUUUACAACUUCAAAUUACUGUACAAAGAAUGAAACCAGAAGGAAUAUGGGUUCUGGACACCUACAAUAACACGCAAGCUCAGAUUCACUCUGCAUUUAUGGAAGAGGAAUAACAACUGGUGGGAGAUUCACUGCUUUCACCAUGAUAAAGGACUUUCAGUAUCAAAUAAAAAAACAUCCCAACUGGAGACAUUUACAAAAUCAACACCGACAUAGUAUACUACUCUGAAUCUAACUAUCCAUGGAGUGCAUUUAUGAAUGUACAUGGUAGAACAUAAUGAUGAUCUGAAUCAACAGAACUCUGGAUUGUUUUACCUGAAACACAAUUGUGAGGUACUGUGAAUAAAAUGGUGUUGAGGAAUGUAAGCCACUACGUAACACAAUGUGCCUCCGGCCACAAUGACCUUAAAAGGUUAAGUCUUUGACAAUAUAAAACACACAAUUACCUGAAAACGUUCACAAUGCACCGAGUGAGUAAAUACAUAAUUACAGCUUUUCCCAUUUCCAGACAAGUUUCCAGAAAAAAAAAAAGUUAUUAAAGCGCCAGAUAACAUCAGGGCUUGAAGAACAUUUCACAUACGUCGGUAUUGUAAGCACAAUGGAAUGCUAAUAAAGUCUUUGACCUUGAUUUCAGGUUAA